AUGAACCUUCCGUUUGUUACUUCUGACCCUCAGUCAGAACCAGAAGAAGGACAAUCAGCACCGAAUAUACCACUUGAAAAUAUAAUGCUGAAAAAAGGCUACACCAAGCUAAAUCAAGUUGAUGUCAUCGAGUCAUCAACAGCAUCAGAAGAAUCAUCAUACCUCAUUCAAGAAAAUGAAAGAGAAGAAGAAUAUAAUAGACCUUCGUUGGAGCUUCAUGGAAAUGUCUCUUACUUGCAGACAUUAGAAGAAUUACCUCAAGGACGACAUUUAGGUAUUUUCUCAACUAUAGUAUUAUUUAUUGGCAGGAUCGUGGGAUCAGGAAUUUUCGCAACCCCAGCAAGUAUAUACCAAGAUGUGGGAGGUUCUCCUUUCUUAUUUUUCCUUGCAUGGAUCUUAGCUGCAGUGGUUGCAUUUAGUGGGUUGUAUGUUUAUCUAGAGCUUGGAUCGUUGAUCCCUCGUAGUGGUGGUACCAAAGUAUUUUUGGAGUUUAUUUAUACCAAGCCUAAAUAUUUAGCAAGCAUAGUGUUUUCCAUCUAUUCUGUUAUGUUUGGAUUUACCUUACUGAAUGCAUUGGUGUUCGGGGAGUACUUCUUGCAUUCCAUAGGCGUAGAACCUACUGAAUACCGUACAAGGCUCAUAGGGUUAGGUAUUAUAUACGCCACGGUGAUUAUUCAUGGGGUCAGUGUUCACCAUGGAGUAAAGAUUCAAAACAUUAUCGGUGCUAUGAAGCUAGCGCUCAUGGGUAUUAUGACUUUGACAGGAAUAUAUCUGGUAUGUUUCCCAAGCUCAGUCACUGGCAUAGAAUCCAAUUUGAAGUUUGAUAAAUCAUUUUUCGAAUCAUCACAGCCAUUUAGCUCCUCCCUAUUCGCCAGUGCUAUUAUUAAAGCCAGCUUUAGCUACAAUGGGUGGGGCUCUGUGCAUACCGUUUCAAGUGAAAUCAAAGAUCCUGUACGUACUUUCAAAAUAGCCGGUCCAGUAUCUCUUGGCUUGGUCACGAUAAGUUACGUGUUUACCAAUUUGGCAUAUUUGGUUGUCAUUCCAGGAGAUGAAAUAUCAAAUAGUGGUAAGCUAGUUGGUUCAUUACUAUUUGAAAAAGUCCUCGGGGAAAAGUUGGGUAGAAAUUUCUUAAGUUUUGCCAUUUCAAUUUCAUCUGCAAGCAAUGUAUUGGUAGUUAUAUACACCAUAUCGAGGGUUUCUCAAGAAGUUUUUCGUGAAGGCUUCCUUCCUUGUCUGGAAUUCAUGGCAUCAAAUUGGCCAUGGGGCUCUCCAUUACCGACUUUAAUAUUGAGUGCCCUAUUAUCCACAGCAUGUAUUUUGUUACCACCAAAAGGUGACAUAUACAACUAUUUGAUUGCAUUAGAAGGUUAUCCAGUGCAGAUUUACACUGCAUUAGUAACUGUUGGUGUCUAUAUUAUUAGAAGGAGACACCCAGAGCUCAGAGCUCCUAUCAGAUCUAGUAUAGUUGGAACUUCCUUAUUACUUAUCAUCACACUAUACCUUAUGGUGUCUCCAUUGACUUCCAAAGUAAGCCCUAAUCCGAAGGGUUUAGAAAACUGGCCAUCGUAUCCAUGGCUUGCCCUCUUCUGCCUUUCUCUUUGCGUGGGCUAUUGGCUAAUUAUGUUUGUAGCUAAGCCUAGGUUCUUUGGUUAUCAAUUGGUUGCAGAGGAGAAGGUAUUAGAUGAUGGGUUAAUUAUAAAGCAAUGGAAGAAAUUGUAUAAUAUUUCUGAAUUAUAG